UUCCGGAACGCGUUUACUACCUCCUCCUAUGCUCCCCCCCCUCCCUCUCUCUCUCUCUCUCUCUCUCUCUCUGCUCGGAGUUCAUCUUCCUCAUCUCUGCAAUCCGCCAUUGACGCUCACAAGCAGAGGUUUUUCCAUAGCUCGCAAGCUCCGUUCCACCUUCCGGGAAUUAUCCCUCUCCAUGAGACGCUGCCCGGAGCAGAUCCGUCUGAUUUGACUGGGCCGGGGUGGGGGGGCUGAGAGGAGCUAGAUCGAGUGCUUCCGGCGGCAUCCCCACUCGAUCUGUGGGACAAUGAAGUCUCCUAGCAGGCUGUUCACGAUCGGGCUCGUCACGUCCUGGUACUCAUCCAACAUCGGCGUCCUGCUCCUCAACAAGUACCUGCUCAGCAAUUAUGGCUUCAAGUACCCGAUCUUCCUCACCAUGUGCCACAUGACCGCCUGUUCCCUCCUCAGCUACGUCGCCAUAGCUUGGAUGAAGAUGGUACCUAUGCAGACCAUCCGAUCUCGCCUACAGUUCCUCAAGAUCGCCACCCUGAGCCUUGUCUUCUGUGUCUCCGUCGUUUUUGGCAACAUUUCCCUCCGCUUCCUCCCCGUCUCAUUCAACCAGGCCGUCGGGGCAACAACCCCCUUCUUCACUGCCGUCUUCGCCUACUUGAUGACGCUCAAGCGGGAGGCUUGGUUGACUUACAUUACCCUGAUUCCCGUCGUUACUGGAGUUAUCAUUGCCAGUGGGGGUGAACCGAGUUUCCAUCUCUUUGGCUUCAUUAUUUGUGUUGCUGCUACUGCUGCAAGGGCACUAAAAUCUGUUCUUCAGGGGAUCUUGCUUUCUUCUGAAGGGGAGAAGCUAAAUUCUAUGAAUUUGCUUUUAUACAUGGCACCGAUUGCUGUCGUAUUCCUUCUUCCCGCGACACUUCUUAUGGAGGAAAAUGUGGUCGGCAUCACACUAGCUCUUGCAAGAGAAGAUUUCAAAAUCAUUUGGUAUCUCCUUUUCAAUUCAGCAUUGGCAUACCUGGUGAACUUGACCAACUUUCUGGUUACAAAACAUACCAGUGCUCUCACUCUUCAGGUACUCGGAAAUGCGAAGGGUGCAGUUGCAGUAGUGGUCUCGAUCCUCAUUUUCAAGAACCCGGUAUCCGUCACUGGCAUGCUUGGUUAUGCCUUAACUGUCUUUGGAGUUAUCCUCUAUAGCGAAGCAAAGAAACGGAGCAAGUGCUAAACUCGUUACUCCUUGCCAAAGAGUCUCAGAGUUCCCAUAUUCGUUAGUUUCGCCGAACAGACACUUGAUAGAUAGAUGUUGGGCUGCAUCUUGGGAAGUACGGUCACACGGUUCAUCUUGGCAUUCACAAAUUAUCUUCCCUUGGAGGAAGUCCGGAGGUGGUUUCCACUGUAUCAGAAAUGAAAAGGCAAGAUUUUAGUUGGAAGGUAGAAAACCGAAUAAGUGAGUUAUAUUUUGUUGUCGUUCUCUGUUAGAGUUCCUUUGUUGAAUCCUUGAGGUAUACUAUCAUUUUGUUCUCUAUAUAUUCUUUUGUGGAGAAGGGUUGUAGAAUUGGACUAUCAUCACAAAAACGAUCUGUUAUUGACAGUCCCCAUACCAAUCAUUUAAUUAGUGAAACGAAGCUUAAUUUCUUUCCGCCUU